UAUGAAAAAUAUAUAAUCACUUUAAUUUCAAUAAAUCAUCGAUGAAGGUGUCAUCAUUCAUUCAAAAUAAGCCCAAUUACUUAGAUUAACCUUGAAAAAAAGUGUUAAUGAGAGAUAAUCUUAAUAAAUAUAACCAUUGCCAGCUGUCUAAACAAAACCAAAGCAAUUUAAAUUAUAAACAAGAUAAUAAUCUGAAACUUCUAUUGGACCAAAAAAAUAAGAAAAGAGAAUAUAAAGAUAAUUGAGUAAUAUUGAGAAAGGCAAUUUCUUAUAUUUCUUAUAUGCUUAAAAAAAUGGUUAGGUAAAAAACUAUUAUUAAUUUAGAAAAAUGAAAAAUAAUUUGCUGAGUUUUUAAGAAAAACUUAUAACUUUGAGCCUCCUUAAAAGAAUGAAGGACCAAGUAAGAAAGGUCUUCUUUAUCUAUCUAAAAGAGAAGAAAAUGAAGAUCAUAUUAAAAAAUUAACAAAUUCAGUAUUAUCACCUGGAAGUAAAACAAUUAUGGGAGGAAAAGAUAUACCUUUAGAUUAAGUGAUAAGUCAAAUGUUUGAGAAAUAAUUGGAACGAUUCCCAAAAGUUAAAGAGAAGAUAGAAAGAACUCAAUGA